AUCGGGUUUUCCUUCGGCUAUUUCCGUGUAUGUUACACAAUCCCCGCCCCACUUGAUUCCUGUGUUGUUUGGGGACAGUAGGAAGAUGGCGGCUGCUCCGCUAUAUUGUGUCUGCCGGCAGCCUUAUGAUGUGAGCCGGUUUAUGAUCGAAUGCGACAUCUGUAAGGACUGGUUUCACGGCAGCUGUGUCAAAGUGGAGGAGCACCAUGCAGCGGAUAUUGACGUCUAUCACUGUCCCAACUGCGACGUCCAACACGGACCCUCCUUGAUGAAAAAGCGCAAUAACUGGCACCGCCAUGAUUACACGGAGCUGGAUGACGGCACGAAGCCGGUGCAGGCGGGAACCUCUGUGUUUGUGCGAGAGCUGCAGAAGAGGACCUUUCCCAGUGCAGAUGAGAUUGUCCUCCGAAUGCAGGGGCACCAUGUGACCCCAAAAUAUUUGGAGAAGCAGGGGUUCACCUACCCCAUCAUGCUGCCGGAAUUCGAGGGGUUGGGUCUCAAGCUGCCACCCCCUUCCUUCUCCGUCAAAGACGUGGAGGAGUGUGUGGGGGGUGACAAAGGCAUUGAUGUCAUUGAUGUUGCUAGACAAGCAGACAGUAAAAUGAAACUCAAAGAGUUUGUCAAGUAUUACUACCAGCCUCAGCGACCAAAAGUGUUGAACGUUAUCAGCUUGGAAUUCUCAGACACAAAGAUGUCUGACUUGGUGGUGGUACCGGACAUCGCUCAGAAGAUGUCCUGGGUGGAGAACUACUGGCCGGACGACUCCUUCUUCCCCAAGCCCUUUGUGCAGAAGUACUGCCUGAUGGGGGUGAAAGACAGCUACACUGACUUCCACAUAGACUUUGGUGGCACGUCUGUGUGGUACCACGUCCUUUGGGGAGAGAAGAUAUUUUACUUGAUCGAGCCAACCCAGGCAAACCUUGCACUUUACGAGGCGUGGAGCUCCUCUGUCAAUCAGAGUGAAGUAUUUUUCGGGGAGAAGGUGGAGAAGUGCUACAAGUGCGUGGUGCAGCAAGGAACCACUCUUCUCAUUCCCACAGGAUGGAUCCAUGCCGUUCUCACCUCUCAGGAUUGCAUGGCAUUCGGAGGAAACUUUCUUCACAACUUAAAUAUUGGCAUGCAGCUCAGGUGCUAUGAAAUGGAGCGACGUCUGAAGACCCCUGACCUCUUUAAGUUCCCCUAUUUUGAGGCCAUCUGUUGGUAUGUGGCCAAGAAUCUCCUGGAGACAUUAAGAGAAUCACGAGAGGAUAACUGUCUGCCCCAAGCCUACCUUGUGGAAGGGGUGAAAGCUUUAAUGAGUGCACUGAAAACAUGGCUAAAAAGAGAGGUGACGGAGCCCACCAGUGAGGUUCCUGACCAUAUCAGACCCCACCAUCUCGUCAAGGAGCUCACCAAGGAAAUCCGCCACCUGGAGGAGGACCAGGGCAGCGGUGGUGGACACAAGCCAAUGAAAACUCAGGGAAAUGGGGGUUGUCCCCUGACUCGCUCCACGUUAGAGCGUGGCUGCCAUGCCAGGCGGGCUGCACGGAGACUGCGGGAGCAGCAGCAGCAGCAGCAUCACACCCCAAAGCUGCCCUCCAACCUGGACAUCCUGGAGCGGCACACUCGCGACGUCCUGAGGAGGCUGGAAGUUGGCGCUCUGGAGGAGGAGUUGCCAGAAGAGCUGAAUCCUCUGACAUUUCCUCAAGGUUUUGAGGAUCCAGACUUCAGAGCAAGAGAGCAUGGAAAGUUCAACAAGGUCUCCAUGGCCUCUGCAGUCACGAUCGAGAGGGGCCUGGACAAUAACCUGCACUUGGUGAUGUGCAAUGGCAGAAUUGUCAGAGAUCAGCAGCCACGUGGUUUAAUAAAGACUUUGGUGAAGCCUGAGAGCGGGACUAUGUUGGCAUGCCAACUUAAGCAGAUCAAGACAGAAAAAACAGAUUCGGAUCAGGAGCAACAAAGCUCCACAAGAAAAGAACUCAGGGGAGAAACGUCUGGUGUUUCGGAUACCGAGUCGGAGGAUAGUGGAAGCUCAGAGAGGGAUUCCUCCUCGUCCUCGUCCUCGUCCUCGUCCUCCUCCUCGGAUUCCGAGAGUUCGGGGGAUGAAAUGGAGGAUGUGAAUGGCUCAGCGGAGAUGGACUCAGGGAGCACGACGGAGCACCAGGCUAACACGAAACACAAUCACAAACACAGGCCACUCAAAAGAGAACGUCCUACCUCACCAAGCACAGAAGAAGCCAUUCAGGGCAUGCUGUCUAUGGCCGGGCUGCUCUACCCGCGGCGGCCUGAAGAGGACGGCAACUCCCAGGAGCCAUGGUGGUCCAGUCCGGCCCACCGGCAACCGCCAUCUGGCCAGGAGAGCAAGGGCUUCAUGGACAGUCAGGGCAACAGUAGCAGCGAGGCCUGGGACCAUCACGAGCUCCCGCCCAGCCCCUUGCGCCAGGAGCACAGUCCAAGGAGGGAUUUCGAGUACCGCGAGAGCUCCAUGUCUCCUCCGCUGCAUCCCUCUAAGCGACACGCUUCCGACACCCCACCCAUCAGUAAUCAGGCUACAAAAGGCAAGCGCCCGAAGAAAGGAAUGGCGACAGCCAAGCAGAGACUGGGGAAGAUCUUAAGACUCAGCAGACACAAUCGCCUGUUCGUGUAAUAGGAGGAUUAAGGAGGAAAUGGUCAUGGAGAAGAGCGCUGCAGUCUUUGGGCUCGUAAUGAUCUGCUCCUCUUUUUGGUUUAAACGUACAGAACUUACACAUACAAAAGCCACGAAAGCUACGCCUGGAGCAUGCGCACCAUCAACACACCACACGCACACAAACACACUCGCACGCUCACUGUGCAUGCUUAUGAGACAGGGUACUUUUGAUGGAAGCAAGCACACUGCUGAACCUGUUAGACACCCAGAAGGAGGAGGAUUUAAAAAAAAGAAAAAAAAGAGGAUAUGUUCUCGCUACUGCAGGGACUGUGGGAAAAUUACAAUGGUUGUGACUUUUUUUAUCAUUUAUGAGCUCUUCAACAAUUUUUGCAGAGAAUUAAGGAGUCUCCUUCCACAUUGGCAUCACGGAAGUUACGUCGUCGUCAGAGCAGUUGCAACCAGCCUGUAUUGAGUUUUUGCAUUUCUAUUUUUCCCCUUUUUUUUGUCUCCAUGCUGUUGGAGCUUCCACUGUAACCCUACCUCCAUGAAUCCCUGUAGCGCCGAGGUGAGCGAACCUCGUGCUUUUGAGGCCAAGGACAAUCAAGGACAAACUCCGCACGGAGGACAGGCUGUGUGGCCUGUUGAGGUUUAACACUGGGGUGGGGGAAUCACCUAGUUGUGAGGUUGGUCUCUCUCACUUUCUCUUUCUUCCUUUUUCUAUCUAUUGAUCUAUCGAUCGAUCUAUCUUUACAUCUGUCUAUCUCUACUUCUUUCUUUACAUCUGUCUUUACUCUAGAUAGCUGUCUACCUGUCUCUCUUUCUUUACAUGGGGUCCUUCUAGACCUAGAGAAGGGAAAGGUGCUAUGGUGAUAAACUGGAAAUUUCUUAAUGGUGCUGAAAGUUCGUAUGUCCUACGUGUGUCCUCUCCCCUGCCCCUGUCUGUCACACCAGCAAUAAUGACCUGAUGUGGAGUGAACUUAGGUCCAAGAAGGCAUUCUCAUGCAACCAAGUCUUCCUCUGAUCGCCACUAAUCACCUCUUUUUAAUAGAAGUACAAGUAGUUUGUACACAUUUAUUUGAUCACAGUUGCAGUCUUUUACAUUGUUGGAACGCCCCAAGUUUUGCAUCUGUGUAAUUGUCGUGUGUUGAUUUUUAAAAACUAUCAAAGCCAUAUGUUUAAUGUUCAAUGAAGCAACAAUGCAGCUCAAGUGACACCAACACAAAACCAUAGAUGAGUGUUGUGCUGCCUCCUAUUGGUCAGAGGAAGACAUGAUGAGAUUGCCAUCUUAGUAUGUGUAGGGUAGGUGUUUGCUUGGUUUAAAGGCAUUAGAUGAUGUACAGGGAUGGAUGAAUGAUAGAGUAUCUUACUUAAUUUAUUUGCUUCUUUUUGGUAUCUGACUUGAUCAUUUUCUUUUGAUGGCUUUUCAACUGUGUAUUUAUUAUUAAGUCCUGAAUGCAUCCUAUAUUCUCACCUCCACACUGUACAAAGUAUUUUUUUGUAAAUGUUGAUAUUAUUAAACAGUUUACCUUAGCUCAA